AUGUGGAAUGUCAUCCAUGAAAAAUUGAUAUCUGCUCCAAAAAUAUUUGCCUCUAGUAUUUAUAAUUCCCCAAGAACCAUCUGGCAAAUUGCAUACUCGUACUCUGUUGUUGUUAUUCAGGAGCAACAAGGAGAAGUGGCAAUGGUUGCACGCUUGGCUGAUCCAUCAUAUAAAUUGGAAUUGUCUUCUUCUGUUCCAUCAGUGGGAUUGCCAAGAGCAACUAUUCAUCUUCCCUUUGGUGAAGUUUCACUGGAGCAGAAGAAAACUGAGGAAGUUGAGAAAGUGCUAUCAGUAAAUGGGAUUUUGAAAGGUCAUAUCUUAAAUGGAGUCUGUACUGCAUUGUAUAAGAACAACGAUUUAAACCUAAGAUACUGCUAUAAGGAUGAGGAAAUGUCAUUUAUUCAUGGUGUCUCCAUGUCUUCAAAUGCCUUAUCCUUUGCAUUCAAACGGCGUUUUAGUCCUUCAGACAAAUUAAGGUUGGAGAUGAAGAUGACAAAGCAAAAACAGCCCCUAUGAAGAUGAAGGUUCAAUUCAUGCUCCAAGUCCCUCAAGAUGAUAUUGGUAACUCAGUUUUCAUGUUCCGGGUGAAGAAAAGGUGGGACUUCUAGUUUUUGUCCUCCCUUUGUUUUAACAACAUGAGAUGUGAAAUAUUGGACACUGGGUUUUGUUUUGCCAAAUGUUUGGGAUGCAAUAUGUGGCUGGUAUGUGAAUGUCUAUGAGAACCCUGUUUCAUGGCUAAACUCUUUUUUGAUU